GUGCGUCCGCAUGUGCCGCCUGUCGAGUUGUCUUGUUCGAAGUGCCGCUAGAAAUCUUGAGGCUUACGUUGCUGCUUCAAGUCUUUGGCUACUUUCGUUACUUCGUUUAGGUACAAAGAGCAGCCACAUGGCGCCUACAAUUUACGAAUGCCCGCCGGCAACAGGUACAGUAAAGAAGAGCAAAAAGGAUGAGAUUGCUGAAAUUUUGAAGAAGAGGAUCAUGGUGCUAGAUGGUGGGAUGGGUACCAUGAUCCAGAAAUAUCGGCUGGAGGAGAAUGAUUUCCAAGGAGAUGAAUUCAAAGACCACGCAAAAAGCCUGAAAGGGAACAAUGAUCUUCUGAGUAUUACACAAUCUGACCUCAUUUAUAAAAUUCACAAGGAAUAUUUACUGGCUGGAGCUGAUAUCAUUGAAACAAACACUUUCAGCAGUACUAGUGUGGCACAAGCUGAUUAUGGGCUUGAAUUUUUGGCAUAUCGCUUAAAUAAGGAGUCUGCAGAAGUAGCUAGAAAGGCAGCAGAUGAUGUGUCAGCUGAAACAGGCAUUAAACGGUAUGUUGCAGGAGCCAUUGGUCCCACUAACAAGACUUUGUCCGUUUCUCCAUCUGUUGAAAGACCAGAUUUCCGAAAUAUUACUUUUGAUGAACUUGCCGAUGCAUACACCGAACAAAUUAGAGGUCUGUUAGAUGGAGGUGUGGAUAUACUGCUGGUAGAAACCAUUUUUGAUACUGCUAAUGCCAAGGCUGCCCUCUACGCAAUUGACAAGCUAUUUGAAAGUCAGUACGAAGCACACCCUGUUUUUAUAUCAGGUACAAUAGUUGAUAAAAGUGGACGAACUCUAUCUGGACAGACAGGGGAGGCUUUUGUCAUUAGUGUGUCUCAUGCAAAUCCGUUAUGCAUUGGAUUAAACUGUGCUCUUGGAGCUAAAGAAAUGAGGCCAUUCAUUGAAGCUAUUGGAAAAUGUACUACUUCAUAUAUUAUAUGCUACCCUAAUGCAGGUCUACCCAAUACAUUUGGAGACUACGAUGAAACUCCUGAUGUGACUGCAGGACACAUAAAGGAGUUUGCUUUGGAUGGACUGGUGAACGUUGUUGGUGGUUGUUGUGGCACUACUCCAGCACAUAUUAGACAAAUUGCAGAGUGUGUCAAGGACUGCAAACCCCGAAUUCCACCAUCUUCAGUGUUCAGUGACUACAUGUUAUUAUCAGAGGAGUUCUACAGUUUAGAGCCCUUUCGAAUUGGCCCCUUCACUAACUUUGUGAACAUUGGAGAGCGCUGUAAUGUUGCAGGAUCUAGGAAGUUUGCUAAGCUUAUUACAGCAGGCAACUAUGAGGAAGCACUCAGCAUAGCAAAAACGCAAGUGGAUAUGGGUGCACAGAUUCUGGAUGUUAACAUGGAUGAAGGCAUGUUGGAUGGAAAAGCUGCUAUGACACGUUUCUGUAGACUAGUUGCCUCAGAGCCAGAUAUUGCCAAGGUGCCUCUAUGCAUCGACUCCUCUAAUUUUGCUGUGAUUGAGGCAGGGCUGAAGUGCUGCCAGGGCAAGUGCAUUGUCAAUAGCAUCAGCCUAAAGGAGGGGGAGGAUGAAUUUCUGGAAAGGGCACGAAUCAUCCGUCGCUUUGGAGCAGCAGUUGUUGUCAUGGCUUUUGAUGAAUAUGGACAGGCCACUGAAACCGAACAUAAGAUACAGGUUUGUGAAAGGGCUUACCAUCUUCUAGUUGAGAAAGUGGGAUUUAACCCAAAUGAUAUCAUAUUUGACCCAAACAUCUUGACCAUUGGAACAGGAAUGGAAGAGCACAAUACGUAUGCCAUUAACUUCAUUAAUGCUACUAAAGUUAUAAAGGAAACACUACCGGGAGCAAGAGUAAGUGGGGGGCUUUCCAAUCUCUCUUUUUCCUUCCGAGGAAUGGAAAGCAUUCGAGAAGCCAUGCAUGGAGUCUUCUUAUAUCAUGCUAUUAAGGAAGGAAUGGACAUGGGUAUAGUGAAUGCUGGUAACCUGCCAGUUUAUGAUGACAUUGACAAGGAACUUCUAGAAUUGUGUGAAAACCUGAUCUGGAACAGAGAUCUAGAAGCUACAGAGAAACUACUCCAAUAUGCACAGAACAAUGCAAAAGGUGGUAAGAGGGUGAUUCAAACAGACGAAUGGAGAAAUGGUACGGUAGAAGAACGACUAGAAUAUGCUCUGAUUAAGGGCAUUGAAAAGUAUGUGGUGGAGGAUACAGAGGAGGCACGAUCUAAUCAAGAAAAAUAUUCAAGACCACUUCAUAUUAUUGAAGGACCCCUGAUGAAUGGCAUGAAAGUUGUUGGAGACCUUUUUGGAGCUGGCAAAAUGUUUCUGCCACAGGUAAUAAAAUCUGCCCGUGUCAUGAAGAAAGCAGUUGGUUACCUAAUACCCUUCAUGGAAAAGGAGAGAGAGGCAAUGAUUACUGAUUUAAAUUAUGUGGAAGAAAUUGAUCCCUAUCAAGGUACAAUCGUCCUUGCUACAGUCAAAGGGGAUGUACAUGAUAUUGGCAAAAAUAUUGUGGCUGUAGUACUCGGCUGUAACAAUUUCAGGGUGAUUGAUCUAGGAGUGAUGACACCUUGUGACAAGAUAUUAAAAACGGCACUUGAAUGUAGAGCAGACAUUAUUGGCCUCUCUGGGCUUAUCACUCCAUCUUUGGAUGAGAUGGUACAUGUUGCAAAGGAAAUGGAAAGACUUGGAAUGAAGACUCCAUUGUUGAUUGGAGGAGCAACUACCUCCAAAACUCACACAGCAGUGAAAAUAGCACCCAGAUACACAGCUCCAGUUAUACAUGUGCUUGAUGCAUCUCGAAGUGUAGUGGUGUGCUCCCAGCUUCUAGAUGAAAAUGUCAAAGAUGAAUAUUUUGAGGAAAUAACUGAAGAAUAUGAAGAUAUCCGUCAAGAACACUAUGACACACUAAAGGAACGACUUUUUUUGUCAUUGGAACAAGCUAGAGAGAAAGGAUGUCAUAUAGACUGGCUUUCUCAAGAGAAACCAGUAAGGCCCACAUUCAUUGGUACUGAAGUGUUUGAAGAUUAUGAUUUGCACAGACUGGUGGAGUACAUUGAUUGGAAGCCAUUCUUUGAUGUAUGGCAGCUGAGGGGCAAGUACCCCAAUCGUGGAUAUCCAAAAAUCUUUGAUGACAAAACUGUGGGUAAAGAAGCAAGGAAGGUCUUUGCAGAUGCACAGAAGCUGAUGAGUACUUUGAUUGAAAAGAAACAGCUGCAGGCUAAAGGCCUAGUGGGAUUCUGGCCAGCCCAAAGCGUUCAGGAUGAUAUUCAUGUUUUUUCAGAAGAUCUAUCAAAUCAAAAAGAUCCUGUGACUAAAUUUUGUGGCUUACGACAACAGGCAGAAAAGGACUCGGCUUGUACAGACCCUUACUACUGCAUUUCUGAUUUUGUGGCACCCAAGACAAGUGGGAUUCCAGAUUAUAUUGGCAUAUUUGCAGUUGCUUGCUUUGGAGCUGAGGAACUUAGUAAUCAGUUUGAGAAACAGAAUGAUGAUUACAACAGCAUUAUGGUUAAGGCUUUGGCAGACAGACUGGCAGAGGCUUUUGCAGAAGAGUUGCAUGCAAGAGUACGCAGAGAGUUUUGGGCUUAUGAGGCCAGUGAGCAGAUUUCUACCACUGAUAUGCAUAAAAUUAAAUAUAAGGGGAUCAGGCCUGCACCUGGCUACCCAAGUCAACCUGAUCACACAGAGAAAUUGAGCAUGUGGAGACUGGCCAGUAUUGAAGAGAAAACCGGAAUUCAACUUACUGAAAGUCUUGCAAUGAAGCCUGCUGCUGCUGUUUGUGGAAUGUACUUUUCCAACCCAAACUCAACAUAUUUUUCUGUUGGAAAAAUUACAAAAGAGCAGGUGGAAGAUUAUGCUCUGAGGAAGCAGAUGUCUGUAGCUGAAGUGGAAAAAUGGCUUGGGCCAAUCCUAGGAUAUGAGAUGGAAUAAUUUGUUUUAACUUAAUGAUAAUCCCAUUCUCCACCAUCUUGUAAUAACAGCUAACUCGGUGAAUAGCUGCACAGGUUAUAUUUGAAUCUUAUAUGUUUUCAGAUGCAAAAUGCAGAAGUCCAAAUGUACAUUUAUUUUCUUUGGAUUUUAAGAAAAAAACAGCUGUUUUGUAACAGCAGUGGUUUUUAAAUGAAAGUCUUACUGGUUUUAUAAACUAGUCACAUGAUCUUACAAUUUCAAAAGUAUUAUUAUGAAUAAUAUUUCACUGAUGUUCAGUACAUUUCAUGUUAUAUUAAUACUGUCUUUGAGCCCAGCAAGGUAAUACAGGCCGACAAGAGAAAACACUAACAGCAUGUAGUUUCUUGCACUAGAUAAUUCUGAUUUUCCAGAAGCUGUUUGUUUGUCAUUUGCUUUUCUAAUUUGCACAGGGCCCUGAACAAUACUGUAGCAUUACUGAUAAAAUUUUAACCUCAUAUCAGGUUGUAAAUUCAUUAUAGAAAUGCUUUAUUCUGUGUUGUGUUGUUUGUGACAUAUAUUUUAAGUAAAUUAUAAAAUAAUGUUUUUAAGUUCAUAUUGUGUAAAAUAAAAAAAAGAUUAUUGAUGCAUUUUUUAUUAGGGGGACUGUGCCUAGUAUUGAGUUGGUUUCCCAUUUGAAGCUGAAACCCCUCAAGUUCACUGGAAAAUGGGCCAAAUAAGGUAUCAAAAGUAUAACUGGUCUGUUUUGAUUCCACAGUGUUAUUCAUAGGUGUAGCACAUUAGCUGCUAUUGCCUUUGUACUCCGAGUAACUUAUUCCAUUUGAUUCAAAAAGAUGCUUAAAUGGAAUGAGGUCUACUGACUGAGAAAUCUCCUCCAUUACAAUGAAUCUGCAGUUAUGUUUCUUGAAACAUUCAUAUAGAUUUCUAACUUUUUUUCAUGCCGAAAAGCCCAUUUACAGUUUGCUACCAUGCCACAUGAAGGGAUACACCUGUAAAGUUUGUCCAAUUCCAUCCGUCCAUCCAUCCAUCUAUCCAUCUUCUUCUUACGCUUAUCCGAGAUCCGGUUGCGGGGGCAGCAGUUUGAGCAGAGAUGCCCAGACUUCCCUCUCCCCGGCCACUUCUUCUAGCUCUUCCGGGG